CCAGCCUGGGAGCUGCUGAGCGCUGGAGGCAGACGCCAUGGAUUCAGAGGAGGACAUACUAAAGGAUGAUGAAAAGGCAAAUCUUGCUAAAAAACUACUGGCAGAAGCAUGUGAGAAAGAAGGACUGGAUGAUGUAUACUGGCUCCCCAAACUGUCAGAAAUACUGGGAGUCAAGUCCAAAGAAGCCCGGAAACAUAUGCAAUAUGAAGACUACCUUAAGGUGGAGUGUGAAGUAAGGUACCCCUGGGAAAAAAGGGCUCUCCAAAAGCUCCUGGAAGUAACAAUCGACAAAGGAGAUGUAGAAGAGGCUUCUGAGGAGAUGCAGAAGAAGCGCUUGGAGAUAACAAAGCAGAGACAAGAAGCAGCCAAGCUAUUCCUGAAGGAGCUGAAAGAAAUGCACGACAACCACAGCCACAGCAAGGACAUUAUAAGAAAGAAAGAGGAGGCUCUGCGGCAAGCCACUGAGAUUACCAAAGAGUACUGGGCACCACUGGAGAAGUCAUUGGUGGGUUUGCUGGAGAACAUCCAGAAGCAUCAGGAGCAGCAGGAGUUGACAGUGAGCAAGGCUGAGAACGUCUCUGACAUGGAGGUCCUGAGGCGGGCGUCAGGGGUACUGGCCCUGCAGGGCAUCUACAGAACCAGCAGCUUUGCGGAUGUGCUGGCAAAGCAAGACCAGCUCAUCAGGGUUCCCGAUAGAUUCAAGCUGGCUGGUCCAGAGCAAGGGUCUCUGCUUGAAAGGAAGGUGUUCUCCUCCUCUGCAGCAGAAGCUGCUUUCACCAAGUCCAUGGAGAAGCUGGGGUUCAGCAUCACCGUUUCUGCCACAGCCGGGCUCUGGGGGUUUAAUGUUGACACUGAUAUAGAUUACAGCAGCUCUUCGCAGUCAGAGGAGACCCACCAGUCCCACUCUGAGCAGAGCUGCAUUUGCACCGCCAAGUACCAGUACAGUACUCUGGCCUCCUGCUACUUCCAAAAGCAUCAGCUUUGCCUUUCAGAUGUGGCCCUGCGGGAGCUGCAAAACAUCAAGCAUCUUUUGAGCAUCACUCAGGAAGCAGACAGGUCCAACAUGAUGAAGAGCAGGUGUGAGAGCUUCUUCAGCAAGUUUGGGUCUCACGUAAACCAGGGUCCCCUCCGCUUUGGGGGGAUAUUCUGGUGGAAGGCAUCUACGGAAGAAUUCGGAGCUGAGCAGCGGGAAGAGAUGAAGCAACAAACAUCUGAAUCACUGAAUGGCUAUGUCAGGGCCACCUACAGCAGCUUCAGUGUCAGCAUGGGAGUGGAUGUGGACGGUCUGAAAUACAGCUCACAGGCUUUUUCUAAGGGAAGAGACAGAAGGAGUGCUCACACAGCAGCUCAGCUCUACGUGACUAACACAGGGGGCCCAUCAGAGACAAAUUCUCUUCCUCAGUGGAAAUUGGGGCUUGUAACUAGUAACACAACCUGAUGUGUUAUUGACCGAGGCUUUCAGCUGAUCCCAGUGUGGGAUAUAAUCCUGUUCAACCACAGCAGUGAUUUUAAGUCCAUCUAUCAAACGAGCAGCAGCCUCAGGGCUGCGUACGAAGCGUUAACGAAUCACAGUGUCAGCAUCAUGUUUGGAGAGGAACUGGUCAGUGCAGUGGAAGAGGCCAGAGCUUUCAUGGAGUGUGUGAAGGCCUGGGAGGUGACAGCGGAUGAGAAACUGUUCAUGCUGAUAAACUUCAAACAGAAUCUGAAGGAAAAAAACAAAAACCACAGUGUCUGGAUCAACAUAUGUCUGUCGGACAAAGGACUGCAGGAAUUCCUUGUGAAUACUGUUCUGUUUUGCAAGAAGUCAUCUCCAGAAAACACCACCUGUAUCAAGUCUCUGUUGAGGCGCCUCCUGGAUCCUUAUGUCUAUUCUGCCAAGAACUUCCCCAGGUCUUCCUUCAUUAUGCAAUGGAUCUUUGAUAGCGAGCACAUGCUUCCUGAAACUCUCAGUGUUUCUCUGCUUGAAGAUCUCGCCAAGACACUGCUGCAAAUGAAGGAGUGCAUCCAGGAAGUCACCUAUGCACCAGCAACCGCAGCAUCUGCCAUUCAUGAAGCAAAGAUAAAAGCCACAUUGACUACAAGCUUAGUUGUUUAUUCCUUACACCAGGUUCUCCAGGAAAGGGCACAGAAAGACAUAGAACUGUUAGUACUUUUAAUUACGACCAGCACAGGAUACCAUAUGCAGGGGAGCAAUUUUCAGUACCUCCUUGGAUGUCCAGAAAUUAACUUCAUGAUACAUGAAGUGCAAGUGGGACAUAAGGAGUAUCUGAGCCUGAAGGAACAAGAUGUUUACAGAGCUCAGGCCUUCCUGCUGCUGACGGGUCUAAAGGUAACACCCAAAUAUAAAGAGGUGUCCCCUGAGCAGAAGAAUGAGCGUUUAAUUUUCAUGGAAGAUCAAAUGAAAAACUUAUGGUCCACGGAGAUAGAAACUCUCCUCGAAAAGCACAGUGCACUCAAAGACUGAGAGAUGCUGGAAAAUGCCUUGCAUUCCCGCGUCAGUGGGUGCUUGGAGGACACUGACAAUCUGAAGAAACACAAUAUAAUCAAAGACGUGGAAGACACUUUUCAAAGAAUACAGCCUUCCAGUCAGUCCAAGUCCAAAUCAGACAGCAGUGAAUCCGAAGCAAAUCAAGCCAUUACAAACCAAGAGUUCCUCCAUUUACUUAAGUGCCUUGGACUGGAAAGUCACUAUCCAAGGAAGAUGGGGACAGAAGACUUCCACAUUAUAUGCAAGAAAUCUUUACAUGACACCCAGCCCAGCAAGGACAAUGAAUUACAAUUUUACUUCCUGCAAAAGCUAUUAACUGUGGAUUAUCGAGUGAGGUACCUGACUUGCGAGGAUGAGAGCAACCCAGGACUUGCACCUGUGCCAAAACCCACAGAGCAAGAACAUGAACCCUUGGAUUCCUUUGAUGACUUUUCCACUGAUUUGGAGGAAGAAGCCCCUGAAUCUGCAACCAGGGACAGUCGUGUGCACCCCAUGGACCUCCAGAUGGCAAUUUUUCAUUGCGCUGAUGAUUUCAUGAGACAGUACAUUUCAACAAAGCUUGCUUUCUGCCAAUUUGCACUACCUCUCCUGAUACCAAACCCGUGCACUUCAAAGAUAGAGUUUCCCCUCUGGUCCCUCAGCCAGAUAAAAAAGAGCUGGAAAGAGGCUGAGAAGUCAGGAAAGCAGGCCAGAACUAACAGUUACAAAACCAAACUCAUUUAUCAAGCAGAGACACCCAUCAUGUUCUUCAUACGGAUUGGCAGUUCUUCCUCCUUCAAGUCUCAGAUCCUGAAUGCUCUGCUGAGCAAACAAAAGCAUCAUACUUUUUUCCACUGACAUUGCAAAGGCAGCACCAAAGACUGUUUGCUGAUGAAAGGUGUUGUGGAGAUCUCCUGGUACUGUCCCCGGGGCAGUGAUGAUGAUAGCUUUGACUGCUGUGUUGCUUUCUGUAACCUGCACGGAGAUGCAAGGGACCACGAAGAACAGCUGCAGUUUCUGCAGGAGAUAUCAGCUGUGAACAUGGCUCUUGUAGCCAAGUCUGAUCAGAGUGACAAGAAAGGGAUGAAAAUUUUACGUGACCUGCGGCAGUCGCAAAGGCCUUCGGUUUGUCUUUUCACUGAAAAAGAGAACGUUAACGCUGGCUGAUCUAGCCAAAACAGAAGAAUAGGUAUCAAGAAAAGAAACGAAGCAGAAUUAAUGGGCGGGCUGAAAAAAACUAUUGGAGAUCUUGUGGCAGGGUCUAACACACUUUUCAACCUUGACACCUGCCUGGACAAAGCUCGCAAGCACGGAUUCUUAGUCGAUGAAGAUAUAGAUGCAUGUGUAACAGCCAAAGAAAAGGCAAAGGCACUGGUGAAGCUUCUGAAGGAAGAGAAGUUGUUUGAGAUCAAAUCCCAUCUGCUGCCUCUUCAAGGAAAACUGUGGUACACGUGGUGCAAAAAUGAACUCACUCGCUUGCAGGAGAAGAGGGACAAGAGCAUAGAGCAUCAUCGGAGCCAAAUCGAACUGGAGAAGUCAGCCAUAAGAAGACAGCAACUAAAGCAAGCAUUCCCCCUCAAUCAGCUGAUGAAAUCGGUCCUUGGCUUUCUCCAGUCACAGCCAGCAGAUACCAAGAAAUACUUCCUGCACUGGAUGAAGAUCUUAAUGGAUGAUCUGUCUUCCAAUCGCCUUGACGAACUGGAGAAAGAAUAUCACCUGUUAUGGUCUCAAAUCCUGGCAAUAACGAAAAGCAAUGACAAAAACAAUCUGAAGCCUCAGUUGCUGAAGAAUUUAGAUGCCCUCUCCGAAGAAAUCAACAAUUUGUCCAUUGGCCUUGAACAUAUUUUGGGAGAGGUAGGGCAGAUUUAUGAAGCUCUGGAAUCGAUGAACAAAAAGGAUGAAUAUUUUGCCAAACUACCUGAAAUUGCAGCUGAUCUGAUGGUUUCAGGGUAUCCUGUCGAGCUGAUGGAUGGUGAUGCUUCUUACGUACCAUUACGAGGGGUCAGUGCAAUCUUUGACAGAUUAAUUAAUAAGCUAGGGGACAAACGAGUAUUUGUUCUCUCGGUGCUUGGCAUCCAGAGCACGGGAAAGUCAACCCUGCUGAAUGCCAUGUUUGGUCUUCAGUUUAAUGUCAGUGCAGGGAAAUGCACCCGGGGAGCGUUUAUGCAGCUAAUUAAAGUGGAUGAGAAGCUGCAACUAUAUUUGGACUUCAGUUACAUGUUAGUUGUUGACACAGAGGGACUUCGUGCCAUAGAGAUGGCAAAUAAACAGUCCCUUAACCAUGACAAUGAGCUGGCCACCUUUGUCAUUGGCAUUGGCAACAUGACUCUGAUCAACAUCUUCGGAGAAAAUCCUGUGUUUUCCCCAUCCCUGCCCCAGGGAAGCCGGGCUCUGGAACAGCUUGUGCCUUUCAGGGGCUAUGCCAGGGACCAGAGCACUUUGGGUGGUGAAGUUUAG